UGGCGCGAAUUUUGGCAGUCAGGGGUGUUGGGAGCGGUAGGAUGGCGGCUCGGAGAAGCUUGAGAUACCCGCGGUCCCCGGGUGCAAAGCAAUCAAAGAAUGCUCUGGGAAGAACACAUUCUAGGAGACAUAGAGCUGGUCAAAAGCACAAGCCUAAGGACCCAUUUGACUUCGCGGAUAAUUCUGCCUCAAGCAUGCUGGGAGAAAUGGGAGAUGAAGAGCUGCUGAAUGAGUCCUUCGACCCUCCUCUGCACAGUACUGUUAUUGAUGCCAAAGAGGAGCUGCCCAAAAGGCCGCCUGUCUUUCCAGCCACUCACGGAAGAGAAGAGGGCAGAAGCUUGAACCUUUCUGAGACUGAAGCAAGAGGAAGCAGUUCUCUAAAGAGCAGCACGAAAAAGCCAAGGAGAAAGCUUGAGCCCAUCAGCGAUGAGUUUGAGAGCUCUGAAGAUGACGUAAGGAGGAAAGUGAAGUCCACAGAGAGAACACAUGCACAGCAGCCCCAGGUAUCACCCCCUGUGAAGCCAGCACAGCAGCCCCAGGCGGCACCCCCUGUAAAGCCAGCCGAAAACCUCAUGGCCAAGAAGAUGAGACCCCAAGGCACUCAGCCCUCUGCUGUAGGAGAGACUCGAGCAAUGCAGAGACCGCUGAAAACUCAGAAGAAAGUGAGGCUGUCCCCUGGCAGAAGGAAGAAAUCAAGAAGUGAAGCCACAGACUCAGAUGCUUCUGAAAGUAUGCACAUUUGGUGUCUAGAAGGAAAGAGACGUGGUGACAUCAUGGAGCUGGAUGUUAUUUUGUCUGUGUUUGAGAAAACCUUCCUGGAGUAUAAACAAGGAGUAGCGUCUGAAAGAUGUUGUCAAGCCAUCAACAAAUUUUAUUUUAAAAUUAAAGGAGAACUCUUCAGAAUGAUUAAAGAAGAGCAGGUGCUGAGAGCUGUGAAAAGGAAGAACACCCAGAUGAUUUCCAACAUGGAAAAGAAACGGCAGCGUUUAAUUGAAGUCCAGGAUGAACUGCUUCGAUUAGAACCACAACUGAAACAACUACAGACAAAAUAUGAUGACCUCAAGGAGAGAAAAUCAUCACUUAAGAAUUCCAUACAUUUCUUAUCUAACUUAAAACAGCUGUACGGAGACUAUUCAGAUGUUCAAGAGAAAGAACCAAAGGAAAAGGAGGAGUAUGACUCAUCUAGCCUUCCAGCUCUGUUGUUUAAAGCAAGAACGAUUCUGGGAGCCAAGAAACACCUGAAAACCAUCAACUAUCAGCUGGGGAAGCUCCUUGAGCAGGAAUGAGAAGACCACAAGCUGAGUCAGCCUCCUGCCGCCAUCUCUCCUGAAGCUGCGCUCUUGACACUCUUCAAACUUCCAUUCUGAAAAUAAGUGUGGCUUACUCAUCAGAAUUUAUUAUCACUUUGUCAUUCAAACUAAGUUACGCCCGUUCAACUGUAGC